AUGACCUCGGCCAGAAUCGCGGUGUUUCCUCACCCAAGGGAGGAACUCUACAAUGCUCUUGCUGAAGCGUCGGGUUUAUCCAUCUAUCGCUUGAGGAUCAGCAAUGGAAACGAUUGGACCUUGGUUCCUAAUUCCAAGAAGAUUACCAUUAAGGAGGCCGGAAUCGACAAUCCGAGUCUGAUUCAUGUUAAGGACCUUGGUCCCCAGAUCUCGUGGCGCACCGUGUUCAUCGCCGAAUAUCUUGGCCCAGUCUUCAUCCCGGGUCUCUUCCUUUUCAUGCUACGCUCAUAUCUGUACUACAAUUACGAUACUAUCACCGAACCGAGCGGCCAUCAGCUCCUUCUCUGUGCGCUGUUGACAACCCAUUUCGUGAAACGUGAGUAUGAGUCCAUCUUCGUCCACCGAUUCAGUAAUGCCACCAUGCCGGCGCGCAAACUUUUCCUAAACAGUGGCUAUUACUGCGUGAUGACCGGCAAUAUGGCUUACUGGAUCUUCCGGCCUGACAUGGAGCCAGGCAAUCCCAUCCUACUCUCCACAGGCCUUGCCCUCUUUGCCUUUGGAGAAAUGGCGAACUUGAAAACCCACUUUGUGUUACGGGAUCUCCGCCGUCCAGGGGUUCCUGAGCGUGGUGUACCGCACGGGUUUGGAUUUGGUGCAGUGACCUGCCCUAACUAUCUAUUCGAGAUUAUCUCUUGGGUGGGGAUUUAUCUUGUUAGUGGACUGAGCUGGAGCGUUCUCAUUUUUAUCAUUAUUGGCAGUGUGCAAAUGGGGAUCUGGGCUAAGAAGAAGGAGCGCCGCUACCGCGAGGAAUUUGGGGAUAAGUACAAGGCUAAGAGGUUUGUUAUGCUUCCUGGUAUUGUUUAA